GGCAACAGCGCGGCCUGUGUUGGACGCGGCGACUGGCGGGAGGCGGGCGGCCGACGCGAACCCGAAAUGAAUCGCCAAAUAUCUCAAGAUGGAAGAAGGAAAAGCUAUCUACCUCAAGACAUGGCAGAGGCAAUGCUCAAGGUCCAAAAGGGGCUCUUGGGUAUUCCUCAAGCAGCUAAGCUGCAUGGUGUACCCAGGUCUUCAUUGUGGUACAACCUAAACAAAAAUCGCCACUCUCCCAUUGCAACUAAAGAGAGCACAAAUACCCCUAAAGAGCAGAGGACUGUAAAUAAAAUGGCUGUUGGAAUAAAGUCUCCACCUGGUUUCAAGAUGAGCCAGCCGGUGAAUUGUUGCUUUUGUGGCCGUGGAGAUGAGAACGAGGUCGAGUUUGGGAAGAUCUACACGGUUGAUGAUGUGUCGGUCCAUUAUUAUUGCCUGCUGUUCUCCAGUGGUUUGGCACAAAAUGGCGAAGAUGACGAAGGAGUCCUAGGCUUCUUAGCAGAGGACAUAGUAAAAGAAGUUCAGAGGGGACGGAAAUUGUCUUGUUGUUAUUGUCUUCGCAAGGGAGCAACAAUUGGCUGCUACAAUAAGAAAUGUCGAAGAACGUACCACUACCCAUGUGGAGUAAAACAAAAUGCCCUCUGUAAAUUUUCUAAUGAUUUCAGAUCCUACUGCUCCCAACAUCGUGAAUAUCAGGAGGGCUUUGGGUGUGGGGAGGAAUUGGAAUGUCCGAUAUGCAUGGAAGAGCUGAUUGCUGAUCCCAAACAGGCCAUCUGGGCUCCGUGUUGCAAGAGAAAAACAUGGUUCCACAAACUGUGUCUGCAAAGGUUGGCUUUGAGUGCAGGCUACUUCUUCAAGUGUCCCUUAUGUAAUGACAAGGAUGUAUUCCAACUGGAGAUGCAAAAUCUUGGCAUUUUUGUCCCAGAGAAAGAUGCAAGUUGGGAGCUGGAACCAAAUGCCUUCAGUGAGCUUCUUGAAAGACCAAUCCAUUGUGAUGCCCCCAAAUGCAAGUGCCCAGAUGGAAGGAAGACAGAUGUGGAAGGAACGAGAUGGGAAGUGCUGCUGUGUAAUCUCUGUGGCUCAACAGGUGUUCACAUACAGUGUGGUGGUCUGCCCUUUGUCUGUACUGAAUGGAACUGUCCAACAUGUGUAAACAUGUUGUCUGAGAGCUUUAAGAGAACACAACAAGAGGAAAGGCAGCGACGACUCAAUGAAAGGAAAAGCAGGAUUUCUGACAGUGAGGACCUUCCAUUUGACAGUCCUCGGGGCUGUUGCUCCUCUGCUGCUUCCGGUUCCGUGGCCAUGGAUGUCUCAGAGAACAGAGAGACACUCACUCCAGGCAAGAGAAAGAGAGAGGAUGUGGAAACUGGAAUGGAAACCCCACCAAAGAUGCGGCACUUGGACGGCAUGGAAUCCUUUUCAAAGAUUACGUAUGCCAGCGACUCUGACGAAGAGAUUGACGUCGAGUCGGGGGAAUACCAGGUUCCUCCUCAUACCAAUAUUAGAGAGCUUGAAGAACUUGGGGAGGAACUGCCAAAGAAAUUGAGAAAGCUCAAAAAUUAUGCCUUGCGUGCUCAGGAGAGGAUGCAAGAAUUGCGUUUAACAGAGGCUGACAUUGUUAGAAUAGCAAAGGAGGCUGCACACAAAAAAGACAUUGCACUUGAUAAAUCUCAAGUGACAAGAUUUUUCAGGUACAAAUUACCUUUGGAGAAAAUGUUACCAAUAGCAGAAUUAAUCGGAAAGGUCUUUGCUUUUAGAGAAGCCAUGGUGCUGGAAGCACAGACUUCAUCUGCUGCUAAAAAGAAGGGUGGUUCUUCCACUCCUUCCAGGAGAGGCAGGAGAAAAUCGGGAACUCCAACCAUAAAGAUUCCACUCCUGAAGACGGCAAUUUCGCAGUCUUUGAUUACCACAGGAAUAUCGCCCGUUCGGAAGGAAAAGCCUGUAGAUUCAGAGGCAGUAAACACUGACUUACCUGAGAGCUGGUCCAUGUACAGAGCCUGUAAAACAAUAGGCAAACUAACCUCAGGACUUGACACUGAAACUGACCUUGUUGACUCUAAGCCAGAUAGUAUACUGGAAGCUCAGUGUGAGGGCGAAGUGAAGGAGGAGGAGGAGGCACCAGAAAGCAAAGCCAAUGUCAGUAUAAAGAAAGAAGAGGGGAAUCAUCAGGAAUCUGUGGACAGUAAUCUUGACAAGGACAAAAAUGAAUCUGAAACAGAACUGUCCUUGUUCCUGUCCCCCAUGUCUUCUCAAGGGUCUGUGGGAAGCAAGCUAGAUGCAGCAGAAACGCGGAUGAAUAAAGAAAAUGAAGGCGUUAAUCAGGAUGUCUUCCAGUCUUCACAAGCCUGUCGUAAGCUCUUAUUAAACUCCAACAAUCAGAUUGCAAAGGAGACCGCCGAAUCCUUGUUACCAAGAGAAGGUGUCAGAACUACCGGUGGCCUGCCUGGAGGGAUUCCAUCUUCAGAAAGACAUGUUUGGAAAAAGUCAAACCAGCUGCAGAGGAAGGCCCCCGGGAUGCAGACACAGCAGAAGGUUUCCGUUUCGUACGUCUACCACAAGCCCAGACGGCCUUUAUCGGAACUUUCGCAGUAUAAUAAACCAGUGGAAAACCAAUGGAAACCACUGAGUGAAAAGAUCGAAGUUGAGCUGAAACUGGAGGAGCAGUCCAGUCCAGGGCUAGAUGAUCUGGAUUUUGAAGAACUUUUGAAGUCUGGUGAGAACUGCAUUUCCGAUUUUGAAACUCAGAAUUUUGAGAAAAUGCUUUCGUUGUUUUGUCUGCCGACCCCAGAGCACCAGGCGGGUGAAGGCUACUCGGCAGUCGAGGACGUAACCUGUUUCAGAAGUAAAUAUCCAGAAGAAUUGGACGAGAAUCCAGUUAAAGGCAAAGAAGAUCAGGAGGCUGAAAACGGGUAUUUGAGAUGCGACUUGGCAGAGGUGACAGACUGCAUGGCAGAGAUUCAAGAAGGCUGUGACAGUGAAAUACAAAAGUUGCCAGAUCUGAUGGAUGAAAGUCAUUCCAUUCCUGAAAACCCAAAAGAAAACAGUGUGACUGUGCCACCUUCAGGGCCAAAUGCACAUGGAACAGUUGAUAUGCUGCAGCAAGAGCAAGAGAGCGCACAGGCAAAAAGGCAGUCUAGUGGAAGCAAUCGAAAGGCGUUAAGGAAGAAGAGAAGGAGACAACGGAAGAAAUUCAUCUGGAAGCAGGGACUAAGGAGGUGUAUCUGGGGCUGGUACAGUGUAGUGAGCUCUCCCUCCAAUGAGCCUGAGGAAAAGGAGAGCGAAUUCAGCACAGCAGGAACGACCUCGGAGUGUCUGGAAUGCUAUGUUGCCCUUGAGCGUCUUCCAGCCCUAGACAAGGCGAAGAAAAUCCAGGUGUCCAAGAAUAUAGUCAAGGUCUGGCAUGGGAAGCGGGUGACAGUGAUAUUCUUGAAGAAUCCUGCUCGUUGCACAGGGUGAAGUGCACCUCAUUUCAGGAAUUCUUAUUAACAACACUGCCCUGUGGACUUAUAUAUGUUUGUUGAACAGAGAAACUUAAUAAUUUUAUAACAUGGAAGGUUGAUUUUUUUUAUCCCUGACCUUAAUGUGGAAUUUUACAGUUGCUGUUUUUAUUUUAUUUAUUUGGGCUUCUUGUGUAAUAUUCAGGAAAGUCUGCAGACUUUAUCAUUUAUUUUUGAAUGUAAUUUUUUUUUUUCAUACCUUUCCUAAGUCAUUGUGGAUACAUUUUUUUUAAGAGAAUGUAUUUUUCCUUCAUGUAAGUCGCAUGCUAUUCCCAAAGCAUGAACCAAAGGAUACUGAUUAAAAAGAAAAGAAAGGAAAAGAAAAAAAAAUAAUUUAUUAACCAGUACAUAUCAGUCAUACUCAUUAUCAUUGUUGAUUAAAUUAAUCAUUUAAUAACAGGAAUCAGUAAGUUAUCAGUGGGUAUUCCUCAGUCUUUUGUUUUGUGUGCGAUGCUUUGGGUCUGAAAAUGAUAAUUUUCAUUGAGCCGAUAGAGGUUUUCAUGAACUGCCAUAAAGAACUAUAUUAUAUCAUAUAAUAUCAUAUGUUAUAUCAUUUUUUAUGGUAUAAAACAGUUUGUUCUGUUUUUUUGUCUAUUAUUAUGUGCAUUGUGAGUCAUAAUGCAACCAUGAAUUUCAUGUAAUUUUGUACAAAUAAAUCUAUUAAGAGUGAA